AUGACGCGACAGAAACGAGACCGGCGUAAGAAGAGCCCCAUACGAAAUGCCUACGAAUACAGCACGCUGUGUGAUGCUGAAGUCUGCCUGGGUAUUCGCAUUCCAGAGUCUGGCCAGGUCACCGCAUUUCUCCCCGAUUCGACAGGAUUCUGGUCGGGCCUUUCCUCCAGGUUAGUAGGUUUUCAGUAUGGUUGCUGUUGUUAUGGAAACUAA